AUGGACAAUAUAUUUCCAAUAAAGAGUGAAGAUGAUCUUAAAAUGUUAGAAAAAAAACUUGAAGAUGUUGACUAUUUUCAUAAACUGGUGUCCACAAUUGCAUUUACCAUUGGAGGUAUAAAGAGUUUAUCUAAAAUGACAACUUUGACAAUGAGAAUAAUGUUUUCGGAUGAAUUUAUAGCAGAUUAUAGUUGGAAGGGACAAAAAAAAAAAAGUCUUGAAGCAAGCCCAAUUCACAAAGUUAUAAUAAGUGCUAUACAACAGAAAUUUCCUACUACAAAAGCUGGUAUUAUAGAAUUCAUAAGUCCAUGGUUGGCUCAAAGUGAGACCAGAAUUAAAAGGUAA